AUGUCAGCAAAUUCAGAACUCCAAUCGAGAAUCAAAUUCUUGGACAUAAACGAUGAUGGAAUUCGUUUUAACCAAAAAAUAAGGUUCAUUCUAGAAAAAUGGACUGCGAACUGCCCGACCAAAGAGGAUGUACAAAAAAGCGUCAAGUCUCUGUACAAAAAUAGCCUGAAGGAUGCAGUUUUGUCAGCAAAAGUUUUGCUAUUGUUGACAUCGAAGAAAUUUGUGACGCUCGAAGUAGCAGGGGAGAACGUCCGUUCGUUAUUCGUUAGAUAUAUGCAUAAAAACUUCGAUUCUACCAAGAAAUCAGGCUUUGUAAAGGAUGAUGGUUCCAGAAUGUCCGUAAGAAUACUUGGGUUUUUUUACAACAAAGCUCGCACUGCUUCAGGUGAGGUUUUAGUGUUUCUAAGCGGACCUUUGAUAACACUGCUGAGUUUGUUAUUGAAGUCGAAGGAAGUAAAAAAUGUUAAAUUAUUUGCGUCGCAAAUGUUCCUAAACGGUGUUUCCUUAAAAGAGAAUCAAAGGGAGAAGUUUAAGCAAAUAAUUUUAGAUGUAAGAACGAAUUUACUGACCACUGAAGACGAUUGUGUGAAAAAUUGGCUUAUGUUUUCACUGGAAGUUUCCAAUAUAGGCUACAGUGUUCUACCAUCGGAUAUGGAAGUAUAUUACCAAAGUAUAAUGAACGAUGAAGAGUUUGGUAAUGUUUAUAAAGUAACCCUUGAAAAUCACCAACAGAAAACGGUUUUCAAGGCUCUAAAUGGAAAAUCUCCUGUUGAAAAGAAGGAAACUAAAAAAGUACUGACCCAAGUCGAUGUAAAUAUUUUCCAUAAAGAUAUGAAAAGGCGGAAUAUACCUACAGCUUUAACGCGAAGACUUGAGGCCAUCAGACGUAAUAAAUAGAUGUUAGUGUAUA